AGCUUGCAAGCUCGCAUGCAAAAGGAAGGAGCAGCUAGCAACUCACCUAAUGUCGAUCGGGCCACUUUAAAUUUAAACCUAUAUAAUAAUGUUUUUCAAUUUACAGAAUAAUAAAACUAUCAAAGAAAAAAAAAUGAAUAUAAGUUAGAAUUGCAAAUACAAACUAUAUACAUAUAUUAUAGCUGCAAAUGUUGAGCAAAAUUUAGUCAAAGCCAAACAUGGACACACCUCUUCUCUUCUACACAUUCCUCGCUGUUAUAUCCAUCUUCGUCAUCUACAAGCUCUCAGCUCCCCGCCGCCGCCUGCCUCCGAACCCCGCCGUGGCUCUACCCGUCAUCGGCCACCUCCACCUCCUGAAACAGCCGCUCCACCGCAACCUCCACCGCCUCUCCCAGCGGGCCGGCCCCAUCUUCUCCCUCAAGCUCGGCGUCCGCCGCGUCGUGGUGGUGUCGUCGCCGGCCCUAGUCGAGGAAUGCUUCACCCGAAACGACGUCGUUUUCGCCAACCGGCCCAACAUCCUCGUUGACAAGUACAUCGGCUACGACCACAGCACCAUGUCCGGCGCCCCUUACGGCGAGCUCUGGCGCAGCCUCCGCCGCGUCGCCGCCCAGGAGGUGCUUUCCAGCGCCCGCCUCAGCGCGUUCCUUGAAAUCCGGCAAGACGAAGUGAAAUUUUUGCUCCUUAGCCUCCACAAAUCUUGUCAUCAAGGAUUCUCUAAGGUGGAAUUGAGGCCGAAGCUGUCGAAUCUGACGUUCAACAACAUGACGAGGAUGCUGGCGGGAAAGAGAUUCUUUGUGGAGGAGAAGGAGAGCGAGCAGGGGCUGAAGUUCCGGCGGCUGAUCAACGACGUUUUUGUGGUGGCGCAGGCGUCAAAUCCGCAGGAUUUCUUGCCGUUUCUGCAGUGGAUCGACUACGGAGGCUUCACCAAGAAAUUGGCGGCGCUGGCGGAGGAGAUGGACGAGAUGUUGCAGAGCUUGGUGGAUGAGCACCGGCGGGAGAAGAGGAACAGCAUGAUCGGACAUCUGCUGUCUCUGCAGAAAUCGGAGCCGGAGUUUUAUUCCGAUCUAGCCAUCAAGGGCCUUGUCAUGAGCUUACUCUUUGCCGGCACGGACACAUCGUCUAUUACCAUAGAAUGGGCAAUGUCUCUUCUUCUCAACCACCCUCGCAUCCUCACAAAAGCCAAACAAGAAUUGGAAGCAAAAAUUGGACACGAUCGAUUGGUAGUAGAAGAAGAUCUAUCCAAGCUGCCUUACCUCCACAACAUAAUCUUGGAGACGUUCCGGCUCUUCCCAGCCGGGCCGCUGCUCGUGCCCCACGAGUCGUCCUCCGACUGCAGGGUCGGGGAAUACGACAUCCCACGCGGGACCCUCCUAUUCGUGAAUGCAUGGGCGAUACACAGGGACCCCGGCGUGUGGGAGGACCCCACGAGCUUCAAGCCUGAGAGGUUCGAGGGCGUGGAAGUUGAGGCGCAUAAGCUGAUGCCGUUUGGGAUGGGGCGGAGGGCGUGCCCCGGGGCAGGGCUGGCGCACCGGCUAGUGGGGCUAGCGCUGGCGUCGAUGAUCCAAUGCUUUGAGUGGGAGAGAGUGGACGGCGAGGAGGUUGAUUUGGGAGAAGGGGAGGGGCUCACCAUGCCUAAGUUGGUGCCUUUGCAAGCUAUGUGUAGAUCAACACAGAUCAUGAGCAACCUUAUUAUUCAUUGAUUCUCAUCAAUACUCAAUUGGAUUUUGUAUUUCUUUUAGCAGUGUUACAAACACGAGUGACUUCUGACCCUGCAUAUGUGCAACUUCUAUACAUGCACAUCAUUUGAACCCCUCGUUUUAUAUGUAUAUAUUGUUUUGCUUUA